AUGAGCGAAGACGACGAUCACACAGCGCGUGGUAAAGAUCACAAUGUCCAGCAGUCAACACAACUUAUACCUGCUAGUGGCAGAGAAUCAAUCGCGCCCACCCCUGGAUCUUCAGUAACGCAAACUAGCACGAGCAUCUCCAAACCACCAUGGCUAACAUCAACUUGGACUCGUCGGCGAGCUACUAUUGCUCUUAUCGUUGUGUUUUUUGUUACUGCUGUACUACUCGCCGUUGCUCAUGCGAUCUUUUACGUCCACCUCAACGGUACCUUCGCCGAGAAUCGCCUACUCGAACAAUCCGAAGUCAUCGCCAUCUCCCUACUCAUUACAACGUUGUUCAAAGCAUGCCUAGUCGCCAGCGUAGGCCUCUCAUUUACACAACACUUAUGGAUGAUCUUUCGGCGAAGACUCCUCCGGAUAGCUCAAAUAGAGCAGCUGUUCCAUAUUCGCUCGAACCCCCUUGAGCUAGCUAGGGUUAAGAUCGUGAAAGAGACGCCUUUUUUAUUCUCGAUGGCUGUGUUCGUUUGGCUGUUGCCGCUAGCAGUGAUUUAUCCACCGUCUUCGUUGACCGUUACUUCUCGACCCUAUACCUCGAUUCGGAACGUCAGUCUUUCGGUCAUGAAUCUACCACCUCCGGAUAAUCUCAACCUUCUUUAUCCUAAUCAUACCUCGGUUUCCAGUCUCGCGUAUCUGUAUAGGGCUUCCAUGCCACGAGAUUCAGGGCUGAAAAACGACGGUCUAGAUGGUACAGUAAACUACGACUACGUACAGCCUUCGAGGCCACUUCUCAGCCUAGCAAAACUAGUUUUACUAAGUGGGGAGAUACUUGACUUUCCAUCACCCAAAAGUGAGAACAUAAGCUACGCUCUAGAGUACCGAACCCUACAGCUGGAUUGCAAAAAAGAGACACAGAACUGGACUUAUAUUAGCAAGAUCCCUAGCUCAGCACCCGUGUUCGCAAUCAUCUGGGAUAAUAAAGCUUCCUGGGCGGAUCCACUACCAGUGUUCAACAUCAGCAAGAUACGGUAUCCCGGAAUGUACGGAUUCAAUAACAAUUCAUUGAUGUAUGAAUAUGCCGUAAGCACAGAAAGCCUAAUCUGUGAACCCUUCUCGGUACUUAUGCAUCUAAACGUCUCAUACACUCGAGGGGUGCGACACAUCAGUCACGUUAUCAACGACGUACAGCCAAUGCCUAAUAUCACUCAGAGCGUAUACAGAUUCCCGUACGGAACAGGCAAGCCAUGGCCGAAUGCCUCUGAUGUCCCCGUGGACACUCCGGAGUAUGUCGAGUGGGAUUCUCAGACAAGGGACCGUCUUACAAACUGGGAUAUGUAUGUGCCGAUGGAUGCCUCCCUUCUAAGUCUGCAAUACACAUGGGAGGGUUUUAUGGGUGAGGCUGAAAACUGGAACUAUACUCAGUGGAAUGGAACUCUAGUCCCGUUAUCGAACAGCACUAUCAAGCAGAACGACACGAUUAUUGAAUGGUCGGCAUUCAACACACAGCGAUACAACGUCACAUCCAUAUACAAUACAGAAAUCGAUGAUGCAGUGGAAUUCGGAUCGGAUUACAACUGGAUAUGGCAGGAGGAUUUUGACCCACGUCGAGAUCUGGACUUGAGCGAAGGCAUGCUCAACGAUUUCCUUACCAACGUGAGCAUCUCCGCACUUACUCUUGAUACGUGGCGUGUCCCUUAUCCAGUCAACAUCACCGAGUAUCGCACUACGUACCAUUUCUCUAGCCCGAUCAAGUUAAUCAUUCCAUACGCCUUAUCUCUCAGCUUUGCUCUAGCGUUCGUUGGUAUUGGAAUUUGGUCGCUUAUGGCGAAUGGUGUACCGGCGACGGAUGGGGGGUUCUUACAGAUUGUGACUACGAAUACGGGGCGCACUGAAAUGGAAAGGCUGAUUGAGAAAGACAAGGAAGACGAGGAAGAAGAGAGUGUUAGAGAGGAGUUGUUAAGCAUGAAGAUUCGGUAUGGAGAGCUGGUAGACGAAGGGGGAGCAGGUACAGGUCACGCGGGGUUCGGAACACUUGCUGAAACGAGGCCGCUGGGAAGAAGAACGAGCAAUAGGUGA